GUUACUUCCGGUAAAGCAGAAGGGCAAAUUUUCUCUUCAAAAAACUCAUUUUUCUCGAUAAAGAAGCAUCAAAAUCAAAAUAUAAUUAGUGCAGCCAAUAAAACUAGUACCAUGGCGCUCUUUGCAGCAAGAGGCAAUGUCGGCAGGUUCUGUCUUUUGGCCUCCAGGAGCGGAAAACUGGUGACCCCAGUUGAAAUUUCUCAAAAAAUGGCUGGUGCCUGUUUUUUGCAGGUUGCUCACAUUACAGCACCUGCGAAUCAGCUUACAAAAGUUGAGAGGGCAAAGCCGUGGCCAUACAAGACACUUAGUUACAAUAUAUUCUGGCAGCUCUUUGACAAAACAUACAAACGUAUCGAUGAAAACAGCAAAGUUAUUUGCGUUGAAGGGAACAUGGGCGUUGGAAAAACCGCCUUCGCCCAAAAACUUGCAGAGGAACUUGACUUUCAUUACGUUCCGAUGACGGAACAUGAUGCAGCUUACUGGGAUGAGCACAAGCGCUUCCAUCUUAGUGAGCUCAAUCCAGCGUUGCCAGAGCAGUAUCAGAUCUUUGACUUGGAGCAGUUCUAUCGUCAGAAGAAUCCCGAGAGCGGACGUGCUGGUUUACUUCAGCUGUAUUGGUUCCAGAAAAGAGUGUUUGAUUAUUCAGCAGGCCUGCAGCAUUUGUUCAAUACUGGUCAAGGUGUGGUUUUUGACCGAUCUCCCUGGAGUGAUCAUGUGUGGAUUGAAGCUCUCAGGAAAUGUGGAUUCUUGAAACCUGGAGGUUAUCGGUACUGCAUGGAGAACCGUCGUAUUGUAAUGUGCGAGAUGUUCAAACCUCACGUGACCGUCUACCUGGACUCGCCCGUCUCCAAGGUCAUGGACAAUGUCAAGAAGAGGAAUAUUGAUUAUGAAGUGAACAGUAAGAUCAUGUCUGAGAAGUACGUGCAAGAGAUUGACAACGCUUUCAAGAACGACUUUCUCCCACUCAUGAAGAAACAUGGCGAAGUUCUCGUCUACGAUGCCAAUGAACUGGAAGACUGGGAAAUUAUCGUGGAAGACAUCGAACGUCUCAACCUGGAACCUGAUGAACAGGAAAAUGAACACAAGUUCAUCGACUGGAAUCUGACGCGUGAAGACGAUCUAGCGUACUAUCGUAAAUUGUUUGGAUGGAAGUUUUACAUCCACCGUUUGUUCCGUUUGCCGGAGCCGUGGCAGAGCCCAGAAUGUAUGAUUGGCCCGGACGAGGCCCAGGCUCUACGCGAUGCGAAAACUAGGUAUUCGCGACAGGAGUACCCCGCAGGUUACAACGCCGAGGACAGCUUGUUCGAUAAACUGUUUGAACGGAAUCGUAGUUAUUAAAACGUAUCAUACAUAGGUAAUAAAACAAUCUGUAAAUAGAUAUGAAAACUUGGACGCUGUGGUAUGAAUUGGUCGGUAAUAUCGAUGUGGAGCUCUGAAGUUUGUGUAACGAGGGAAUAAUACGUUUACCGAUCUCUUUUUGGACAGAUCAAAUUCGGACUGACUUUACUGAAACUGGCAAAUAAGGACUUGCACAAUGUAGUAUACUGUAAGCUACGAAAUUUCCGUGACAAUUUUAUUUUCACGAUUUGUUUCUACAGUUUUGAAUUUGGAAUAGUGAUCUUACACCUACUGACUGAGUUCUAGUUUUGUUCAUCUCUGUCUUUGGAAAAUUCCCUGUCAUUCAGGAUUGAGUGGGUUGGCAGUUCAAGUGCUGAUGGAGAGCAAUUGUACUUGUGCACUCUCGAGGGAGUUUUGUUGAAUAAAUAUGUUUAAAAUCA